UGGUCAAAAUUAUUAGGAUGAUUCGGAUAUUGCCAACCAUGAAGAGGACGAUGAUGCAGAAGGUUCUGCUUCAGAGGAAGAUUAAAACAAUAAAAAAAAAACUCGCAUGCAAAAUCAAUGCAAAGCUGGGAUAGAAAAAAAGAAAUAGAAGUGUAGUGUUUGUAGUUUGGGUGUGACGUAUUUGUCCUUUUUUUUAAUCUUUCUCUUUGUCUCUCUCCUGGAAGCUCCUUUCUUUUUUUUUUCUUUCUUUAUUCUCAAAACCCUUCUUCAUAUACAUAAUAGCAUCAUGACAUCCAUGCAAUUACCUCCUGGUAAUGACUUUAAUGCAACCUGGGCCUUUUUAGAAGAAGGUCUUGACCAAAUCAUGACACGUUUUGAGCAAGGUCUUGAUCGUACACGUUACUCCAUUUUGUAUAGUGCUGUUCAUAAUUAUUGUGCUAGAAGUGAUACCAAUUUACACAGUGCCAUCACCUCACCUGGUGGCCCCAACUCUCGCCGUCCCGCCCCCGCACCGCCUUUAAUUGGUGGUGAAGUGUACCUCCAUUUGAGCACAUACCUUCAAAAUCACCUGGAAAAGAUUCGAAAGGAAAGUGAGCAAUACAUGGAUGAAUCUUUAUUACAGUAUUACACCAAGCAAUGGACUCGAUAUACCGCUGCUGCUCGUGUCGUCAAUAAUAUUUUCAUGUACCUGAAUCGUUAUUGGGUGAAACGAGAGAUUGAUGAGGAUCGAAAGAGUGAUGUCUAUGAUGUCUUUACCCUGACUUUGGUGAGCUGGAAAAAGUACAUGUUUGAAUACGUUAACCAUAAUGUGAUUGCUGCGGUUCUGAAAUUGAUCACCAAACAAAGAAAUGGCGAAGUUAUUGAGACUGGUCUUAUCAAGAACGUGGUUGAUUCAUUCGUGUCCUUGGGUUUGGAUCAUAACGAUUCCUCAAAGUCGAAUUUGGAUGUAUACAGAGAUUACUUUGAAAAAGAAUUCAUUGAGGCCACCGAAGUUUACUACAAGACAGAAUCCGAGAAAUUCAUUAGCGAGAAUAGUAUCCCAGAUUACAUGAAGAAGGCCGAAACAAGAUUAAAUGAAGAAGAGGGUAGAGUUCAAAUGUAUCUUCAUCCUACCACUCAUAAAUCAUUGAUCCCUAUUUGUGAAACUGUCCUCGUCAAGAACCAAGAGGAAAGUAUCUGGGAUGGCUUCCAAGGAUUAUUAAAUGCAGACAAACAAGAUGAUUUACAUCGCAUGUAUUCACUUUUGGCUCGUAUCACCGAUGGUCUUAAUCCUUUACGUGUCAGUUUCGAAUCGCAUGUCAAGAAAGCUGGCCUCUCCGCUAUUGAACGUAUCUCCCAAAACGAAUCCGAACCCGUCGACCCCAAGAGUUAUGUCGAUACUUUAUUAGAAGUACACAAGAAAUACAAUGAUUUGGUUCAGUCUGCUUUUAGUGGCGAGGCUGGUUUUGUUGCCGCAUUGGAUAAAGCUUGUGGCGAAUUCGUUAAUCGUAACAAGGUCUGUAAGGGAGCCUCCAACAAAUCUCCCGAAUUACUAGCUCGCUUCUGUGAUGGUUUGUUAAAGAAGAGUGCCAAGAACCCCGAGGAAGAUGAAUUGGAAGAUGUCUUGAAUAAUGUGAUGACUGUCUUUAAAUACGUUGAAGAUAAAGAUGUCUUUCAAAAGUUUUAUAGCAAGAUGUUGGCUAAACGUCUUGUCAAUGGUACAUCUGCGUCUGAUGAUGCUGAAGGAUCCAUGAUUUCGAAAUUAAAAGAAGCUUGCGGUUUUGAAUAUACCAGCAAGUUACAACGUAUGUUGACGGAUAUGUCACUUAGCAAAGAAUUGAAUGAUCAGUUCAAGGAUUUAGUACAACAAAACCCCGAAUCUGCACAAGGCGCCGAUUUCAAUAUUCUUGUUCUUGGUGCUGGUUCUUGGCCUCUGUCUGCCCCUUCUACUUCCUUCAAUUUACCUGAUGAUGUGGUUAAAAUGUAUGAUCGAUUCCAAAAGUUUUAUCAAAACAAGCACUCGGGUCGUAAAUUGAACUGGCUUUUCCAAUUAUCCAAGGCAGAAUUAAAAACGCAUUAUCUUAAGGCGAGUAAAGUAGGAUAUACAUUUAUGGUGUCUGCUUAUCAAAUGGGUGUCCUUCUUCAAUUUAAUACGACGGAUAGCUGUACAUAUGAAGAACUUCAUAAGUCAACAGCUCUUGCACCCGAAGCUUUGAACCCAGCUCUCGGUAUUCUUGUCAAGGCUAAAGUACUCAUCUUGAAAGACGCGGAGAAUGUGGGGGAUGCAGGAUCUCGGUAUGUGCUGAACCAUGAUUUUAAGAGCAAAAAAGUGCGUAUCAAUUUGAACAUGCAAAUGCGUAUGGAACAAAAGGCAGAGACGGAUGAGACUCAUAAGACAAUUGAAGAGGAUCGUAUGUUUGUGAUGCAGGCUGCUAUUGUUCGUAUCAUGAAGACGCGUAAGGUGAUGAAGCAUGUGGCACUUAUAGAAGAAGUCAUUACGCAGUUACAAUCCAGAUUCAAGCCUCGUGUGCCUGCUAUCAAGAAAUGUAUCGAUGUCCUUUUAGAAAAGGAGUAUAUUGAACGUGUUGAGAAUCAAAAGGAUAUGUAUAGCUAUGUUGCAUAAUAAAGCUUUUUUUUUCUUACUAUGA